AUGCUUUCUUUGAAAGAUAUAUGUAUACAGGUGGCUCAAAAGUACAUAAACGACAUUGAGGAUAUAGGAGACUACCCUUAUGCUCUGCUUGAGCCCAUUUUGGAACGCGCACCUCCUGAUCGUUUGUAUUUACUAGAAGAACGAUCCCCCCAUUUUAGACAGGAAUCUCAGUCCCUGUGGAAACAACAUGUCUUGCGCGAUUUUGCGCUUGAACUGCAACAAUUUAAGGUUUCUGUUCCAUCAAUUACCGACUGGCGUUCUUUAUACGAGAGGAUGAAGAAGCGAAGACAUACUCAAUACAAUGAGGCAUCCGAAAAACUUCGAAAUGCUUACACGAAACUCGAGCAGACGAAGCAGAAUAAACGAAUUGUACCUUUGGAAAGAGAACCACGUUCUGCCAGGCCGCAGAAACGACUACGUCCAUCAAAUAGUUAUGCCCCCAAAAGCAAUUCUGCACCUAAAAGCUCAUUAAUGACAAAAGCAAGAAACGAUUUCUUAAAGAAAACAUCCUUUACGCGACCACCGGUAUCAGGCGAUUCAAAAUUCCGAACUUCAAACUCUCCUUUACGUCCUUUAGGCUCCUCUUAUCAUAGGGAUAAACAGCCUACUACGAAUCCCUAUCCAAUGUCUUCUACGAUUAAACCACCUCCUGCGUCUAAUUCCCUUAAGCCCAAUUCUAAUUCCAACAAAUCUCGAUGGCAGCGUAAUUCAACUUUACAGUCAACCUCUUCUAUUCCAAUUUCAUCACUUUUCCCUAAAUCAUCUCGAAUGUCGAAUCAGCUACCCAAGCACUCUUAG